AUGGAAGGUCCAACUCAGUUGAAAAGAAGAGGUAGUUGGUUCACCAAAGGAAACCACAAUGUAGGUAUAGAAAUUUUGUCCUGUAAUAAUGAGGAUAUACAGAUUCCGGAUCUAGAUGAAGAUAUCAUUCCACUUGAUCAGAGUAGUCCAGUACCAGAGGCAGACAUUGAUACAAGUUGGAUUGACACCAAAAACGUUCAUAAUGAUAUAGAAGAAUUGACCACUUACGUUAAUAAGGCAUCCUUGAAUAAUAUAAAGAAAAAACUGAGUAUUUUGGGAUUGUUGAAGCCGGGGAGCGCUCAUAACAAACAAGAAGAGGAUAGUUCCGAAGAACAAAUCAGCUUGGAUAUUAGAAUGCCACAGACAAGGAGAGUUGAAAGAUGUAAAUCCCAAGGAUCGUUGGGCAAAUCAAUUACUCCGCUCAAGAUUCGUGACAAUAUCAAUCAUUUCUUGAAACUAUGCCCUUCUCAAGAAAACCAAGAAAUAUCCAGACAGGAUACCUGUGGAGUGUUUGAAAAAGUUAAACUGAUAUCGAAACCUCUGAAUAAUAACAAAUAUAUAAAUUUGAAUGGUGUGCCUUGCUCGCGAUUAGGGCUAAUCGACCAUAACCAAUGUGCUGCAUUUAUGUUUCAGCUAAGUAACAUAAGGAAGAAUGCUAUCGACUAUGCGUUUUAUUUUGAUUGGGUUGUAUGGCUAGAAAGAAAAAGCGAAGAAAACACUAAAGAAAUGUAUAUGGAUAGGAUAAUUGAAACCAAAUCUGAUUGGAAGGUUUCUUUAAAAGUUUGUAAAAGAAUCAUGCAAGAGACCCCUUGUAAAAUCCAUAUUUCCAAAGUUGGAACCACACCAAGGAGACAAUCGGAAAAUUUGAUAGAUAGUGGAACAGUUGAAUUUUGUGUUCCAAUUGAGUAUGAAUAUCCUAUGUUUAAGGAAAUAUCCAUUAUAGUCAUGGAUAAUUCUUUAUAUAACCCCCUAGAUAUUCAGUGUAUGUAUUCUAUUUUGAGUUAUUCUUGA